AUGGGGAGCUGGCAGGACAUUUUUGAAGUGAAGAUGGUGGACAUGCACUUAGCAGACCCAUGGAUGCUUCAGGAGGACGAUACUCUGCAGGUCCAUGUCCUUGAGCCUGGCUGGAAGGAGUUUGUGCAGCGUCGUGCGUUUGGGAGGUUUCAGUGCUCCCAGUGCUUUCGUGAGUGGUCCUCAGCCAAAGUGCACAUCCUGUUCCACAUGCACCGGCACAGGGGCAAGGGCAUGGUGCGGAUGAGAGUCUUUCGCCAGGCGUGCAGGCGAUGCCCCAACCCCCCGCUGGAGGAGCCCAUGUUCAACCAGGAGACCAUGGAGAGGCUUCUGCACAACCUGGUGCUAAAGAUUCUCAAGUACUUCUACCACAUGCAUGUCCAGUCCUCUGACCUUCUGGAAGUCGUGGUGGACGCGCCGGUGGCAGGGCCACACGACAGCACCCGCUGCGAGGGCUGCCAGCUCGGCAUCUGCAGCAAGUCGAAGCUGGCCCUGGUGCCACAUGCCUGGGAGCCCCCAGUGGAUGCAGACGUGGAGAGGAUCCAUUACUCUCGGAAUCGCCAGAACACGAGACGCUACGCAACCCCAAUCCACACCCCCCUGCCCUGCAAUAGCAGCUUCCCCUGGAAACGCUGCUGCUGCAUCGGCAGCUCUUUGCUCUGCAUUUUGGCAGUGCUCCUCUUCGUCCUGCUUUAUUUCAUCAUGAAGUAG